AUGUCGUCAUCCAAAGGUAAAAGCGGUCGUUCAUCAUCUCAAAAUAUCGAUACAGUGGGUGUACGAAAAAUCCAUAGUCGUCACACAUGGAAAUUAGAAAGUAUCAGUCAUGGUAAGGGCCAACCUGUAUCGCGCAAAGCUAUUCAACAUGUUCAAGAUGAAGUGGCUAAAAGAAAAGAUAAAUUUCAUUUCUCAAAACAAGAAAUCGAAUCCCUUUGUACAAUAUUUCGUCACUUGACAAAAGGUGGUGAUAAAGAUAAAAUUGAUCGACCUCGAUUCCGAGAUGUUCUACACAAUACAUUUGAUAUGACGGAUGAUAUUCUUAUGGACCGAGUUUUCAAAGCGUUCGAUCGCGAUAACGAUGGCCAAGUCAGUAUGCUCGAAUGGGUUGUCGGUUUGAAUACAUAUUUACGCGGAACAUUGGAUGAAAAAAUAGCCUUCGCAUUCAAUUGUUAUUCGCUCAAAGGCGAAAAACAUAUAACCCGUGAAGAAAUUUUUCAACUACUCAAAAGUAGUGUCUUGAAACAAGCUGGUGAUGAAGAUCUUGAUGAAAGUAUCAAAGAAUUAGUUGAAAUAACAUUGAAAAAGAUGGACAAAGACCAUGACAAUCGUUUGGGUGAUAAUGAUUUUUCUCAAUCGGUUCGAGAAGAUCCUCUUCUUCUCUCUUGUUUCGGUCAAGUGUUUGCUAACGCGAGAAGAAAAGCGGAAUUCGAACGAAUAGUUGAACAUAUGUCAGAAGAAGUGGUCUUUGGUCAACAAUUCACACAAGAACAAUUAGCAGCCGUUUUUAAUUACUAA